AUGUCUUCCGCCCCUGUCCCUUCCUCUGAUAAUCGCCGCCCCUACCAUGGCUCGUGCCACUGCGGCAAAGUUCGUUACCUCGCAUUCGUCUCUCUACCCCCGACUGUUGGGCCAAAAGUUGACCCCAAGACAACCGUGCGUUUCUACAAGUGCAAUUGUACGACCUGCCACAAGAUGGGGUAUUUUCACAUGCGACUCCCCAAUCCUGCCCAGGAUUUCUGUCUACUCUCGCCAUCCAACCCCAAAACCGACCUUUCAGUUUACAAUUGCUUCGAAGGAAAGUUGAACUGGUUUUUCUGUUCUACAUGCGGUGUGCGGUGUUUCACCGCUGGUGCUGAUGGUUUAACGGAAGAAAUUGAUCUCGAGGUGAAGCUAGGCAAACCAAGUGAAGGAAAAAUGACGAAAAUAUGGAGAAUGGAUGAGCAUAAUCCGGGAUACCACAGCGUAAACGCGCAUACAAUUGACCAGGACCAGGAAGGAUUUGAUCUCCGAGACUUUAGCGAUAAGAAGUGGGUAAAAUACCUCGAUUGCAAAGAGGAGGUCAGUCCUGGACGAUACAAUUACCCCCAGAAUGGCGGAACCUGGUGA